CUAAACAAAAUGCCAACUACCCCAGCUAAAGAUGCUCCCCAGCCCAUCUAUCUAAUCAACUUUGAGGCCUAUCUGCGACCCAAGCGACCGCACAAGAUAAUGCCGCUUCAGUGCUUCGAUAGGCCGGAAAGACCUCAAACCCGAUGUGAGCAGUUCCACAAGAUACUGCAGAGACUUAAGUUCCUGCGAUAUUGGCGCACGCAACGUGCGAGAUUUUCCAAGCGUCUGGAGCAGCUGCCAUUGCCCAGAUUUCUAAACUUCCUGCGUGCCCGCCAUGACGACGGCCUCUGCAAAUCGAAGACGGGCUUCGAGAUCUACUGCGAGAUGUCGAGCAUCCAUGGAUUCCAUGUAUUCGUCGGGGCUUGCACCUGGCAGCGUGUGCUCUGGUGGCUGCUCAUCUGCACGGCCAUACUUCUCUCCCUCCUCGUACUGAUCAUGUCCUAUAGCCUCUCCGCGGAGACGCCCACCAUAAGGUAUAUCGAGAGCAUGUUGCAGCCUAUUUCGGAGCAGUCGAUGAGCUACCCGGCGUUGAGCAUAUGUAGUAUGAAUCGCAUAUCGAAAAGUCAGCUCAGGAUGAAGGAGUAUACUUUGCCGCCACAGUCUCUGCCCUGGUUAACUAAGCGCAAUUGGAGUCGGAAUGAGCAUGUAGGGAUAUCUGGCAACAUUAGCUGGUCUCAGCUGCUGGAGAACCUGGCUCCACGGACUUGUGAGUCUCAGGUCCUGGGCUGCCUGUGGCAGGGCCUAGUUCAAAGCUGCGAUCGGCUGCUCACCCCCAGCUGGAGCUACUCUGAGGGUCGAUGUUGCACCUUCAACGGAACACCCAUCCAGACAGCUGGCAAUCCGGCCAAGGGCUUAACCCUACGCCUUGCCAGCCAGCUAGAGGAUUAUGCCAGCUCACGACAUUCCGCAGCUGGUUUCCAGUUGCUGCUGCACGAGGCCCAGUCUGGCAUUCAUGCAGCCACAGAACGUGCGCUCCUUCCACGAGGCACAGAGGCUCACGUCAUGUUGAGGUCUUACAAUACCCAUGCCACGCCCUAUAUUGACGGCUUAAAGCCAGCCAAAAGAGGCUGCUAUUUGAGCCAGGAGCGCCUGCUAUUCUACUAUCCAAAAUACAGCCAAGCGAAUUGCCUAGCAGAGUGCGAGAGCGAGCGGAUCCUUAAAGUUUGCAGCUGUGUGCAUCCCCACAUGCCGAAGCUUCCGCAAUGGCCUCUUUGUCAACUGGAACAACUGAAAUGCCUGAGCGAAGUCGCUUUCAGCUGGGAUCAGCUACAACGCUUCUGUAAUUGCCUGCCGUCCUGCCAAUUCAAGCGCUAUGAAAUGCAAAUCGAUCUGGCAGCCCUCAAUGAGAGUUACCCGAUGUUUCAAGCUAAUCAUUUACUUUAUGGCAGCAAGAACUUUAAUGGUUCGGACGAGGUCCUACUACACGUAUACUUUGAUUCAUUUAACGAGGAGCGAGUGCGUUUGGAUGUCUAUGAGAAUUUUCUGACUUUUAUAGGUACCUUUGGCGGCAUCACCGGCCUAUUUAUGGGCUGUAGUUUCGUAUCUGUGUUCGAGCUGAUAUUCUUUGUGUGUGUGCGACCCACUUGUAACUGGCUAACUCGGCAGCAAAUACGCUACAGGCGACGUCGUCAGCAGCGAGCUAAUGGCACGAAGGCUAAUUAGCACAAGCCAAUUAGCCAGCCUUC